AUGACAACAAUUUUGUGGAGCAAAGCCAUGGAGGAAGUUACUCUUCCAGUUUUUCUGGUAACAUUUGCCCUCUUUCUGGUUUAUAUACUAAGCUUAAUUCUUCGCACCAGGGUUCACAGGUCCGCCUCCUCCAAACCUACCUACGGCCCAAAAUCCUACCCAAUAAUUGGCGCUGCUCCGUCGCUCUCCCCGAACUCCCACCGCCUCCCGGAAUACUUCACCGAGCUCAUACAAGAAUCUCCGACCGGCACCGUCUUCAUCCAUUGCCCCUUUGGCUCCAAACUAAUUGUGACGGCCAACCCCUCCAAUGGCGAGCACAUACUCAAGACUCGAUUUGAGGCCUACCCACAUGGCCCCAUCUUCUAUUGCACCUUGUAUGAUAUCCUCGGCGAUGGCAUAUUCAACGCCGACGGGGAGGCUUGGAAGUUGCAGAGGAAGAUCGCCAGCCACGAGUUCAACACUAGAUCUCUACGCAAAUUCGCAGAAACUGUUAUAGGUGACCAAGUUUACGACCGCCUCCUCCCGCUCCUCACCUCGGCGGCGGCGGAGGGGGGAGGUACGCGAUUCGGGUUUGAUAACAUCUGCAGGAUUGCUUUCGGCGCCGGCCCUGUCUCUGACGACCUCAGUCUCGAGACUUCCGAGUUCACGAUGGCUUUCAUCGUCGUAGGAAAGAUUAUUAGCGAGCCCUUGGCUGCCGUCUCUCCUCUGGUUUGGAAUAUCAAGCGGGCGCUAGGAAUCGGCUUCGAGAAGCAGCUUCGAGAUGCUCUUCGAGUGAUGGACGACUUCACCAGAAACCUCAUCCGUGAGAGGAAACAGAACCCCGUUACCACCCCGGAGGAGUUGGAUCUUCUCUCAAGAUUUAUGAAUGUCGAUGGUGCUGAUGACGGGUUCGCGAAGGACAUGGUGAUCAGCUUUGUCAUCGCCGGCAUCCACCGGCUCAUCAAAGACGAGAUUGUGAAGGAGAUCUCAUCUGUGGACGGAGGAGCACUCGGCUUUGAUGAGUUAAAAGAAAUGAAUUAUUUGCACGCAGCGCUCUGUGAGAGCAUGAGAUUCUAUCCGCCAGUACCGGCCAAUACCAAGUACGCCACCGAAGACGAUGUGCUCCCGGACGGAACGCCGGUGCCGAAGGGGUCAAGCGUGAUGUACGAAAUCGUUGUUGGGGGAAGAUUGGAAGGUGUUCCGGCCGGGAAGGUGGCUGCGGAGAGACGGAGCCGAUGGGUAGUUCCGUUGUCGCCGGACUUCCAGCCAGUAAUGAGGUGGAACGUGACCAUCCAGAUGGUUGGUGGUUUUCCGGUGAAGAUGGAAGAGAAGAAAACCUGA